UCACAACACGUGCCACGGGAGCGGUUUGGGAAGUUUAGAGACCAUUCUCCGCCGGCCAAAACCCGUCACACAAUUGUCAGACCUGUGGGUCGGACUGUCCAAAUCAGCCUGCAGCCCGGGCGGGUCCCGGGGCGCGGGCAGCGCACUUCCGGCGAGCUAUUUCGUUGUGUAUCCCUCCGCCGACGUCAACGUGGAAGUAGUGCCGCCCGCUCUCCCGGUGGUUCGCAGUGAUACGGUCACGUGACAACGCCAGGCCCCGCCUUCCCCCUCUCGGUUACAGGCGUGAGGACUCUUUGGAGACGUAAACAUCUCCGAGUGGCUAGGUUGUGCAGCUUUGGCUGUUGUCAUCGCCCUCCCUCCUCCGCUGCCGCCCCCGCAAGGCUUCGCCGUCGUCGAGGCCAUUUCCAGCGAUUCGUCGCACGCUUUUCUGUAUACUUCGUUCCCCCACAACCGCAACCAUUGACGCCAUGUCGGGUUAUUCGAGUGACCGAGACCGCGGCCGGGAUCGAGGGUUUGGUGCACCCCGAUUUGGAGGAAGUAGGGCAGGGCCCUUAUCUGGAAAGAAGUUUGGAAACCCUGGGGAGAAAUUAGUUAAAAAGAAGUGGAAUCUUGAUGAGCUGCCCAAAUUUGAGAAGAAUUUUUAUCAAGAGCACCCUGAUUUGGCGAGGCGCACAGCACAAGAGGUGGAAACAUAUAGAAGAAGCAAGGAAAUUACAGUUAGAGGUCACAACUGCCCGAAGCCAGUUCUAAAUUUUUAUGAAGCCAAUUUCCCUGCAAAUGUCAUGGAUGUUAUUGCAAGACAGAAUUUCACUGAACCCACUGCUAUUCAAGCUCAGGGAUGGCCAGUUGCUCUAAGUGGAUUGGAUAUGGUUGGAGUGGCACAGACUGGAUCUGGGAAAACAUUGUCUUAUUUGCUUCCUGCCAUUGUCCACAUCAAUCAUCAGCCAUUCCUAGAGAGAGGCGAUGGGCCUAUUUGUUUGGUGCUGGCACCAACUCGGGAACUGGCCCAACAGGUGCAGCAAGUAGCUGCUGAAUAUUGUAGAGCAUGUCGCUUGAAGUCUACUUGUAUCUACGGUGGUGCUCCCAAGGGACCACAAAUACGUGAUUUGGAGAGAGGUGUGGAAAUCUGUAUUGCAACACCUGGAAGACUGAUUGACUUUUUAGAGUGUGGGAAAACCAAUCUGAGAAGAACAACCUACCUUGUCCUUGAUGAAGCAGAUAGAAUGCUUGAUAUGGGCUUUGAACCCCAAAUAAGGAAGAUUGUGGAUCAAAUAAGACCUGAUAGGCAAACUCUAAUGUGGAGUGCGACUUGGCCAAAAGAAGUAAGACAGCUUGCUGAAGAUUUCCUGAAAGACUAUAUUCAUAUAAACAUUGGUGCACUUGAACUGAGUGCAAACCACAACAUUCUUCAGAUUGUGGAUGUGUGUCAUGACGUAGAAAAGGAUGAAAAACUUAUUCGUCUAAUGGAAGAGAUCAUGAGUGAGAAGGAGAAUAAAACCAUUGUUUUUGUGGAAACCAAAAGAAGAUGUGAUGAGCUUACCAGAAAAAUGAGGAGAGAUGGGUGGCCUGCCAUGGGUAUCCAUGGUGACAAGAGUCAACAAGAGCGUGACUGGGUUCUAAAUGAAUUCAAACAUGGAAAAGCUCCUAUUCUGAUUGCUACAGAUGUGGCCUCCAGAGGGCUAGAUGUGGAAGAUGUGAAAUUUGUCAUCAAUUAUGACUACCCUAACUCCUCAGAGGAUUAUAUUCAUCGAAUUGGAAGAACUGCUCGCAGUACCAAAACAGGCACAGCAUACACUUUCUUUACACCUAAUAACAUAAAGCAAGUGAGCGACCUUAUCUCUGUGCUUCGUGAAGCUAAUCAAGCAAUUAAUCCCAAGUUGCUUCAGUUGGUCGAAGACAGAGGUUCAGGUCGUUCCAGGGGUAGAGGAGGCAUGAAGGAUGACCGUCGGGACAGAUACUCUGCGGGCAAAAGGGGUGGAUUUAAUACCUUUAGAGACAGGGAAAAUUAUGACAGAGGUUACUCUAGCCUGCUUAAAAGAGAUUUUGGGGCAAAAACUCAGAAUGGUGUUUACAGUGCUGCAAAUUACACCAAUGGGAGCUUUGGAAGUAAUUUUGUGUCUGCUGGUAUACAGACCAGUUUUAGGACUGGUAAUCCAACAGGGACUUACCAGAAUGGUUAUGAUAGCACUCAGCAAUACGGAAGUAAUGUUCCAAAUAUGCACAAUGGUAUGAACCAACAGGCAUAUGCAUAUCCUGCUACUGCAGCUGCACCUAUGAUUGGUUAUCCAAUGCCAACAGGAUAUUCUCAAUAAGACUUUAGAAGUAUAUGUAAAUGUCUGUUUUUCAUAAUUGCUCUUUAUAUUGUGUGUUAUCUGACAAGAUAGUUAUUUAAGAAACAUGGGAAUUGCAGAAAUGACUGCAGUGCAGCAGUAAUUAUGGUGCACUUUUUCGCUAUUUAAGUUGGAUAUUUCUCUACAUUCCUGAAACAAUUUUUAGGUUUUUUUUGUACUAGAAAAUGCAGGCAGUGUUUUCACAAAAGUAAAUGUACAGUGAUUUGAAAUACAAUAAAUGAAGGCAAUGCAUGGCCUUCCAAUAAAAAAUAUUUGAAGACUGAA